GUCUUUUAACCAUCAUCGUUCAGCCAGAGCGGUAUCGCCAUCGAGUUUUCCGAUUUUGCGAGGACUGCAAAUGCACAUAAAUAUGUUUAGAAAUGGAACUUCCCUUAAAAUUCACAUACAGCAGCAUUGUCACUUCAAAGUGAAGUCUGUGAAGUCAAAUGCGUUCAAGAGAAAUGUCGGGAAUGCCUAUUAUAGCAGCCGAGUCGGACCACAGAGUGUACCGCUAGCGUUCGCCGAAGUUUCGCCAACAAACGCAGACCCUUCAAAGCCACCUAUCAUCAUUCUACACGGCCUUCUUGGCAGCAAGACCAACUGGAGAAGCCUUUCGAAGUCUCUUACUAAUGCCGUAAGAUGCAAUGCAUUCGCUCUGGACGCACGAAAUCACGGCGAAAGCCCACACACAGAGGAUAUGGACUACAUGUUGAUGGCCAGUGACCUUGAGCUAUUCAUGAAGGAAAGAAACAUCAGAAAUACUAUUUUGUUAGGGCACAGCAUGGGUGGGCGCACUGCAAUGACUUUCGCCAUGACUAGGCCUUCACUCGUAGACAGACUGAUCAUAGUCGACGUUGCACCAACGUACAUGCCCCACACUGUCAACGAAGAGGCUUCCAGCUACCUUCGCAGCAUGCAGGCUGCACUUCCCCACCUUAGACCAGAUAUGGAUGUGAACGAUGCAAGACGUGAAGCUGACAAGCAACUCAGCACAGUUGUUUUGGACAAAGGGGUACGACAGUUCCUACUGAUGAACCUGUACAAGGGCAAGAACGGCUACGAGUGGUUAGCCAAUACCACAUCGCUGCUUCAUAAUUUACAUCACAUAUCUAAAAUGGCACCACUCAAAGGCCUUACUUAUCAAGGAGAAACAUUAUUUGUGUGUGGCGGCAAUUCACGUUAUGUCAGGAAAGAACACCACCCUGCAAUCAAGGACUGCUUUCCGAAUUCGGAAAUUGUAUACAUAAGUGGUGCUGGUCAUUGGGUACAUGCAGACAAACCUGCAGAAUUUCUUUCAGUUGUUACGGAAUUUUUAAACAGACCUAGGUAGCAGUGGGAGAAAUUAGGUACGCUUUGUUUACAAUAGGUCUGUUGGAUAGUAUAGAUGUUCUGAAUUAAAGCUUUCAGGUAAAGAAUUUUUCCAUGGCUGAAUUUGUUCACUAAAUGUACCCAAAUUUGACAAGUGCAAACCACACCCCCCGGUAUAUCUUUUUGUAAAUGCAGUAAAUGCAAAAGUGGCAAAGCUGUAAACCCAUGAUGAACAGUUCUGUACUGCACGUUGAUGCAAACGUCCAAUAUUUGUUAUGGUUGUUCAGGGGCCGAAAAUUUUGGGGAGUGGGGUCCUUAUUACACUGAAAUUGUCAGCUCUAUGUAUCAUUGCUGGCAUGGGUCUCAAGCUGAAAUAAUAAAGGGGGCUAUGGAGGGUGUUGCCAAACAAUCUGGGAGGAGGGUCUGGAUAAAUCACCGUUGUCAAAUGAACAGUGCUUUGUUUCCUCCUUUUUUGCUCAUAAAUAUGCUUUUCUGAAUGGUUGGAA